CAAAAAUAAGAUUAAAAAAAAAACUGUUUACGCAGUGGGACGAAUUUCGGUUACCCACCAUCAUAAUAGUAAUAAAGUGUGCUAGUGUGCUAAAGUGUGCAUUUGAUUGAUUUUUGUUAAUAUCGUCAGUUUGCCGGCAAACUGAUUAAUUGGCGUGAUUCAUAAACACUUCUGAGGGAGUAUUUUUAGACAAAAACAUAGUCUGAAAGAAAAUUUUUUUGGAAAUUAAAUAACUAUAAUAUAUCUGCCAGAGAGAUCAAUCAACAAAAGUACGAUAGACAAAGGAUUGAAUCUUUUUUUCUCAGCGCGGGGAAACAUCUGUUAUUGAUUUGCGAAAUUCUAGAAGAAGAAGAAAAUAAAGUAAAAAAUAAUGGUUUCAGCUUCGCAUAUCUGUAGUGAAAACGAAAAACGCGAAUCUUUGGCAAAAGGUUUUUAAUCGUCUUGCGUUCACGCAACCGCAAAUUCCCAAAACGAUUGUGUUGUAACAAAAUAAAUUACGAGGUCAAGUAUUUACUGAAAGUUCGAUUUCUAGAGAAAAAAAAAAUUUCGUUUGCACACAGUAAUUACUUCGGAAUCUGCUGAUGGAUAGCGAAGGCGAAGGCACCAAAGAAUUUGAUGUCGAGCGGAUUGAAGAUAAACGCAUAAAAUGUGGUAAAACUGAAUAUUACCUAAAAUGGAAAGGUUAUCCCCGAAGUGAAAACACAUGGGAACCUGUCGACAAUCUCAACUGUUCUGAUCUGGUAGCAGCUUAUGAAGAAUCGCUAAAAAAUAAAGAAGACACUAUGAAGUGUCCGUCUUCCACGCCAAGGAAUAAGCCAACCGCUAAGCAGAAGGUGGUAGAGGACAACAAAAGUGGGUUUGAUCUCGGCUUAGAACCGGAAAGGAUUUUAGGCGUUGCAAAUACUUCAGAAGGAUUAAAGUUUCUCAUGAAAUGGAGUGGCAGAGAAGAGGCUGAUUUUGUAUCUGCAAGACAGGCGAAUGCCAUAUGUCCCCGAAUUGUUAUUCAGUUUUACGAAGAACGAAUUUCCUGGCACCCAUCUGGCUCGAACGAUGAUAAAGCGGAAGAUUCCGCUGAUUGAAUAAAACUUGCAAAUUGCUUUUUACUUUUGAAAUUAGCUCCGAUUUUAUAUAAAUUUAAUAAUCCAUUCCAGUUUUUAAACUUGAAAUGUAUGUGCGCCUUACAUUAAUUAACGAACAUAUUUUUUGGAAAACAUCUUCACCAAAAAAAUUUUUCAAAAAUGUUUCAAUUUUGUUUCUAAAUUUUUUUCAAUUUCGAAUACUCAACGACUCUUGAAAGCAAUGAGAAACACAUAGACUGUGCUUAAUCCUCAGCGCCAUAGACCAUACUUUAAAUAUGUUUGGAUUGUAGUCGUUUCAAGAGUAAGGGCAUAAUAGGCAUAUCGACAGGACACACACUCUCUGACUCUCUCGCCCCUUGUCUCUGACCAUGACCGUGUUAUGCGUAUAGAAGACAUCCCCUGAGUGAUUUACCCAAAAACUACAACUUGACAGCGGUUUUCCUACAUAUAUAUAAUUCCUUAUACACCCUAUUCAGUUUUUAUUACGUAUAUAGGAGGAUUGCUAUCAAUUUUCACAUCUGUGAACUUUGCAAUGUCAUUCGAAGUACGACAAGUAUCAUAUCAACAUCAACAGCUGUGGAAUAAGUUUGUAGUUCUUUAUGUGAUGUAGGCGUGAUUGAACGAACAGAUCCGUUCUAUGGAAGUUUUUGAUCUUCUUCUUGGACAUUCAGUCAAUCAACAACAGAUGAUUCGCCGCGUCAUAAAAUAAGGCCUAAUGAGAAGGAAAAUUGGUCACGACUUGUGUUAGCAUUAAUGGUUUAGAGUUGUAUUUAUGAAAGAAAGCAGCUGUAAAUUGAAAAUAAAAAGAAUUCCAAACAAAAUUUUUUACCUGC